AUGAUAGAUGAUGUAGUAAAGAGCAUGAAAAUAGGACAGCUGAAAUGGAGGAGUACUAUGGGAUUGCUAUACGAUAGGAAGAUACCUGACACAGUGAAAGGAGGGAAAAAACCAAGCAAAGGAGACUUGCGAUUCGCGGAAAAGUUACUUAAGAAAAGUUCUGUUGCUUUAACUUUUAGGCCUGGUUUUCUUGAGACGAUGGGUUCGAAUCCCAGCCGAGGCAAAAGAUUAGGCGGCAUUGAGAAAUUACUAAUGAUGGAUACAUCAUGUGAUAUGGUAAAAUUGUGUAAAGAUGCUGAGCAGCAAAUGCCUAAUGAUAAUAUUGAAACAUCAUACAUUAUUGGUGAUGAAGAAUAUUUGCCUGUGAAAGAAAAUUCUGUUGAUCUGGUCAUUAGCUGCUUGGGACUCCAUUGGACAAAUGAUCUUCCUGGAGCAAUGAUACAGUGCAGAUUGGCUUUAAAGUCAGAUGGCCUAUUUUUGGCAGCUAUUCUUGGCGGAGAAACACUGAAGGAGCUGCGAAUAGCUUGCACUGUUGCACAAAUGGAGCGUGAAGGGGGCAUCCGUCCACGACUAUCACCCUUGGCCCAAGUGCGGGAUGCUGGCAAUCUCUUGACUAGAGCAGGCUUUACUCUUCCAGGGGUUGAUGUUGAUGAGUAUACAGUUCGAUAUAGCAGUGGUAAGAGUUUUGCUUCGUGCUUUGGUUUCCAAACUCAUAUUCAAGUAGACUGGCUGGCAGGAGCCUCUUGUACAUUGCAUGAAUCCAUGUCUGAAUAUGUCUUAAGUUUCAACAGCGCUGCUUGA